GUGGUGUGCAGACGGUGCCGGGCCGAGCCUUUCGGCACGUGGAUUCCUACAACUCCGUCCAACUCGCCUCCAGCGCCUUGUGCUGCGUGCUCAGAGGCACCGUGCUGACAAACCGGGUUCUGUGGGCCGAGCAGCUGUUGCUGUUUCUCCUCUACGUGUGCAGCUGGCGGGUUGCCGUGGGCUUCAUGCGAGAGGCCAUAUCUCACGGCGAUGACAGUGUGGAAGUCCGCAUCACGCGCCAUUACACCGAGAUAAUGACCUCCCUGGCUGGCUUUCUCCUGGCUUUUUACACCUCCAUCGCAGUGAGCCGCUGGUGGCGCCUCCGCACGGAGGGCAUUGGCCGCAUUUGGGGCGCAAGCAGUCAGCUCAUGAUGCUGCUCGCGGCCCUGCUGGAAGAAGGGGACCUGGAGUUGCUCCUGGCCAUCCGAAGGUACGCGCGCGCCUCCCUGGCGAUCCACUUCUUGCGGCGGCGCUACCCCUCGGAUUUCAUGGAGAAGUUGGACGAGUUGGCGGAGCGAGAGAUCCUCCUGGACAGCGAGGUAGAGAAGCUCCGUGAGGUAGGCGUGAACCUGGCCGAAAGUGUGUGGACUUGGGUGACGCAGAUUGUAGUGACUCUGGCCCGGACCAAGCAGAUGUCAGAGUACAUGCUCACGCACUUGCUGCAAGUGGUGGAGAAGGGACGCUCCGGGGCAGCCUGCAUUGGAGCACAAAUGGGAACGCCCAUUCCACUGCAAUAUGUGCACUUAAUGGGUCUUCUGGUGAAAGCGCACAACGUCAUCCUGGCCUGUGCCUGCGGCUUCCAGCUGGCAGCCAUGAGCCACAGGUAUGCCCCCGGCAUCUCACUUAGAGUCUUCCUGACGCCGUUCCUCUACAACGGAAUCCUGCUCAUAAACGCAGAGUUGGCAGACCCUUUUGCGGGUGGAGUCAACGCAUUUUCCCUGGAGAAGUACGAGAAGGGCAUUGAGAAUGAUGGCCGGGGCUAUGUUCGAGCCAGCAUCUCUGUCCCCGACUGCCUGCCGGCUUGCCGUAGCCUGGGCAUGCCCCAACCAAGACGACCGAGUUGA